AUGGCUGCCGCUCAGCUGAGUGCGCCAGCCUCAACCAAACAUAAAUUCUUCACCCUUCGCAUAUAUGCCACUUCGACGGCUCAGCUACUACCGAGAACCCUCCACUUCACGAUCCUCGAACCUAGUCGAACAAUGCGUCUGCUACACUACAAUACCGAUGGCGGGUUCAGCCUGGCCGAGUUCUUUGAAGGCGACAUACCCAAGAAGUAUGCUAUACUUUCACACAGAUGGGGAGCAGAGGAGGCCACUUUCAAGGAUCUAACAGACGGUACGAGCAAAGGCAAGGCUGGGCACGGCAAGAUACAGUUCUGCGGAGAACAGGCAAGACGUGACGGCUUACAAUACUUUUGGGUGGACACCUGCUGUAUCGAUAAAUCCAAUGCUGUCGAGCUUCAGGAAGCUAUCAACUCGAUGUUUCGCUGGUACCAGAAAGCGACUAGAUGCUAUGUCUAUUUGUCUGAUGUUUCGAUACGAAAGCGGAAAGCAAGCGAUACGUCUGCCGAGUAUACUUGGGAAUCUGCUUUGCGAGCAAGCGAAUGGUUUAAACGAGGCUGGACUCUGCAAGAGCUUAUUGCGCCGGCAUCAGUCGACUUCUUCUCUAAAGAAGGAGAGCUAUAA